UCAUAUAUUGGGACUUUUAAAUACCCAUUUUGAUCCGCACUCUUAAUUAUUCAGGUAUUAUCAGACUUGAAAUGGCACGAGCUGUUUACAUAUUUAGGAUGUAUCAUAGCAACCUGCAAUGUCCUAUGCCUCUGACACAGAAGGAAUGCAGCACCAGGAGACAGCCUACUCGUUGUCCCGAGUCUCUUCUGCACAAUGCUUCAGUCAGAACACGUUCUCUCUCUGCAGACGCCCCCUGCCACUGCUUCGCUCGCUCUUUCCCAAGCACAGGCGGUGCCCAGGCCCGCUCCCGCGAAGGCCCGCAGCAGGCCGUGGGGCCCGCCCCAGCGCGAUGCAGCUCCCUCCGCCUGGGACAGGCACCGGGCGGCUCUGCCGCCCGCCCCGCGGUGUGGCACACCCGUCGCCGCUGUCGGUGCCUCGCACCAAGACGCGCCGGUGGCGCGGGUCCUACCAACUCAGGCCCGAACCCGGACCCCGACCUGGACCCGGGCCCAGUCCGUCACCGCGCCCAACGGCUGCCGGGUCUGUGGGCAGCGGCCGCUGCCACGGUGACGGCGGAGGGCGGCCGCUCCGCCGCGACGAGGCCCCGCCCACCCGCGGCCGGGCUGGCUGCGAGCGGCGGGGCGGCGAGAUGGCGGCUGCGCUGGGCCGCGCGGCGGCCGGGCUUCUUACCAGAUUGCAGACUUCAGCUCUCACAAUACGAACUCUAUCAUCAUCGAAUUCCUUUUCUCAAAACAUUCCAAGCUGUUUGUGGAAACUGGGCCGACUUAAUCACGUAGCAAUUGCAGUACCUGAUUUGGAGAAAGCUCAGUCCCUGUAUAAGGAUGUGUUGGGAGCACAGGUGAGCGAGACUGUUGCUCUUCCCGAACAUGGUGUCUACACCGUUUUUGUGGAACUGGGAAAUACCAAACUGGAACUUCUACAUCCUUUAGGAGAGAAAAGUCCCAUUGCAAGCUUUCUGCAAAAAAACAAGACCGGUGGAAUGCAUCAUAUCUGCAUUGAGGUUGAUGACAUAAAAGCAGCUAUGACAGAACUGAAGAAAAAAAAGAUACGAAUAUUGAGUGAAGAGCCAAAAAUAGGUGCACAUGGCAAACCUGUGAUUUUUCUUCACCCUAAAGAUUGCUAUGGAGUCCUUGUGGAACUUGAGCAAGCUUGAGCUGUAAUAUUCAUAAAUAAAACAAUAGAUCAGUUGUGAAGUUACUGAGCUGGUGCUGGGAAUAUUGAUGUGGUAUUCGGUCUUUACAAGUUCACUGUAGUUCCUGUGCAUUAAGUACAGCUUUUGAGUACUGAAAUUGUGCUACAGAUUUAGGGUAGUUUUCUUUUUUUUGUUGUUGUUGAUCUGAUUUUCAGGAUUAAUAAGAUGACAUUUCCUGAAUUCUCUGUGAUUCUAAAGACAAAUAUAUGAGCCAAGCUACAUAUGUAACACAGUAAUUUAUGUUCUGUUGCCUCAUGUUUGCAGCAUGAUUCUACCUCUGUAACCACAGAAACUGUACAGUUUCUAGGUCAACCCACAUUAUUUUGUUCUACAUUUCAGAGCAGAGACCCACUUCUCAGUGACAACAAUAUAGCUUAGAUAUUCCCUUUGGAAAUAAAGGAAAAACAAACAUUGUAUUUUCUGUUUUCACCAUUCACCAUCUGUGCCUCACACUGAUUGAUUGGUUCAUGCAAUAAAAAGAUCCUUGUUAUUGUA